CGCUGUGCUGCGGAUACCGCAGUCUUUGCCGGACCUGCGGUGAGAAAGCAUCGUUUUCUCCGACGCUCCCAGCUCCGUGCUUGAAAGAACAUAUUUUGCUGCAAGGACACUAUGAAGUCUGCCAAAAAGAAAUCCGACAUAACUGAGCAUUCUCCGAAUAAAAGGAUGAAAAAGGAGGCAGAAAAUAAUUUGUGCAGCCAAUAUGAAGAGAAGGUCCGCCCCUGUAUUGACCUCAUUGAUUCACUGAGGGCCCUUGGAGUGGAAAAGGACUUGGCGUUGCCAGCAAUUGCUGUGAUUGGAGAUCAGAGCUCUGGAAAAAGUUCAGUUCUAGAGGCCUUGUCUGGAGUUGCUCUUCCUAGAGGCAGUGGAAUUGUUACCAGAUGCCCCUUGGAGCUCAAGAUGAAAAAAAAAAACAAUACAAAGGAAUGGAAGGGGAAAAUGAUGUAUCUGGAAACAGAGGUGGAACUGAAAGAUCCAUCAGAGGUGGAAGUUGCAGUUAGGAGAGCCCAGAAUGCAAUAGCUGGCGAAGGACUGAGUAUUAGUAACAAAUUAAUUACCCUGGAAAUUAGUUCUCCAGAUGUUCCAGAUCUCACCUUAAUUGAUCUUCCAGGAAUUACAAGAGUGGCAGUGGGUAAUCAACCACAAGACAUUGGCCAUCAGAUCAUGAAAUUAAUUCAAAGUUAUAUUACCAAACAAGAAACCAUAAAUUUGGUUGUGGUUCCAAGUAAUGUUGAUAUUGCUACUACAGAGGCAUUGAAAAUGGCUCAAACAGUAGAUCCCGAAGGAGAGAGAACGCUUGGUAUUCUAACAAAGCCUGAUUUGAUUGACGAAGGAACUGAGGAUGAGACCAUUGAUAUUGUCCGGAAUCAAAGAGUGCCUCUGAAAAAAGGAUACAUGAUUGUUAAAUGUCGUGGGCAAAGUGACCUCACUAAUAAACUGAGCUUGGGGGAUGCAAUCAAGAAAGAGAGAGAAUUUUUUGAAGAGCACAAGUUUUUCAGUCUUCUUUUGGAAGAAGGCAGAGCUACCAUCCCACUUCUGGCAGAAAAGCUUACACAAGAGCUCACUGAACACAUUCAGAAAUCACUGCCAACUUUAGAAGAGCAAAUAGAAAACAGCCUUGAGGUAAUUCAUAAAAAACUUCAGAAGUAUGGUGAAGGUGUUCCUGAAUCCUUAGAAGACAAGAAAUAUUUUUUUGUGCAAAAAAUCAAUGAUUUUAAUAAGGACCUCUUAAAAAUUGUACAUGGAGAAGAGGAUAUAAAAUAUUCAAAGAGCAAAAGAACAAUUACAGAUAUUCGACAGGCAUUUAAUCAAUGGCAAGAUACAAUUAAUGAUAACGCUAUAGAAAUAUCUCAAUCAGAAGAAAAAACUGGAACGUUCCCAACCGUACACAAAAUAAAAGUAAAUAAUUUUACAUAUGGAGGAACUGGGAAUUUUCACCAUAUAUCCCGUGGCAGAGAACUUCCAGGGUUUGUCAAUUUCAAAGUCUUUGAGGAUGCCAUAAAAUGGCAAAUUAAACAACUAGAGGAACCAGCAAUUGUAGUGUUGAAAGAAGUUGCAGAACUUGUGCGGAACACGUUUCUUCGACUUGCUGUCCAACACUUUAGUAGUUACUGUGCUCUCUCCAAUGUUGCUCGGAGCAAUAUUGAGGAUUUAAAGCUCACACAAGAAGAGAAAGCAAAAAAUAUGAUAGCCACUCAGUUUAAACUGGAAAAUGUGGUAUACUGCCAGGACACUAUUUAUAGUGAAGAUUUUAGAACUGUAAGAGCGACAAAAAUCUCUUCGGUUCCUGAUGUAGCUGGUUUUAAAGAAAAGUGCUCAGUGGAGGAAUUGCUUUACCACAUGACUGCUUACUAUAAAAGUGUAAAAGUCCGGCUUGGUACUCAGAUUCCUAUGAUCAUACAGUUAUACGUGUUCAGGGAUUUUGCUGAGAGGUUACAGAAUGAAAUGAUGCAGGUUUUGCAAAGCGGAGAUCAGCUGGAAAUUCUCUUUCAUGAGGGAAAGGAUGUUGUCAACAUAAGGAAUUCUUUAAACGAAAGGAUCGGGCGACUUCAUAAAGCUCGACGACUUUUGAAACAAUUCUUUAUUUAAAUAGGACGGCUAAUAUUUCUGUAUAAAAACUUCAGGUAGCAGCUCUGCUUCUGUUAGAUUAGUACAUUAAGGGUAUUUGUAACUUAUGUUUAAACAUUUGUAAAAUUAUUCAGUGAUGUUGCCCAACUUAAAUAGUGCAUUUAGAACCACAAUUGGCAAAGAAAAGUAAAGAGAAUUAGAAUUUGUAUUUGCCACUUUACAUGCACAAUAUAAAUCACUGUUACUGUGGACCUUUUCCUACUAUUGAGUCAAAAUGCUGUCUGUCCAUCCGCUACAACUAUACUAGCAUAAAGUCUGCUGUCCCCAGUUCCAAACCCCUAUUCUUGCCUUUAUCUUCAAAACAGCAGAAAGAACCUCCUUCUCCCAGUUCCAAGGUUGUAGGAGGUAAGGAAUAAAUCUAUCUUCAGGCCACUCCCAUUAUUUUUACACUCCUUUUUGUGUGUAGUCUAUACAUUGUAUUGUAACCCAAGCUGAAGAAAGAUUAAAAGAGAGAGAACUCAAAUCAUAAAACUAUUUAGGGGUUCUCAUCCUUUUUCUUUAUAUAGGCAACAAAUAUUGGCCAGGUUCUCCAUGUAAAUGGGAGGAGAUACAGAGGUGGGGUGGGGAAGGGUAUUGCUUCCAUCGUUCAACUUUGGAACAGCCUCCCACUUCAAAUUCAAAGGGCCCCACUCUUUUAGCGUUCCUGAAGGCCGUGAAGAUCUGGCUCUUUCCCAAGCAUUGGGUUAGGGUUAAGCAAGGAGGUUGAUGUGGUGUCUAGUGAAAAGGGUUCUUUUCAUUUUAUUCUGCUUUAUGGUGAGCCACCUAGGAUCACUAUGUAAGGCAGAGGGCCAUAUAAGUUGUUUAAAUAAAUAAACUAUUAACCCAACCAUUUAAAUUAUUUCUUCUGCUAGUUAACCAUUAUGUCAUUUCACGUUUUUCACAUUCUGAAAAAUGGAUUAUUGCAUGAGCCACUGUGUUCUACUGUUUUAGGGACCGAGUAGAAGGCAACAGAUAAUGUUGACCUGAGACUGAAGGGAAGUUGGUGUGUCUAUUAGCUGAAAGGGCAGUUAGCACUUCUGUGGUACAGUCUGCCACUACUCAUCUCUUAUAUGAUGACUGGUGAAACAUAACCUGUUAUGCACCCUAGGAGAAAAUGCUACUUUUAACACUGGUAUAGCUAAGAAUGUCUUAACACUGACUCACUCAUGGCCUUGGGACUAAAUGAAGCCAAUGUCAUGAGGGGAAAGCACACUGUUGAGGCAUGCAUGUAUUGUGGUAGGAUGCAAGUGGAGAAGGGCCAUAUGUUUUCAUUUCUUCAUAGUAGAUAUAUACCCACAAGGUUGCGUUCUCUAUCACAAUGCAUAGUCUGAUUUCUAAAUGAAAGUACAGUACAUUAUUACAUUUUCUUCUUAAUCUUCAGGAUCUAAUUUUUUUAGCCUGGGAAGUAAAUAUGUAGGCCAAGUGUCAAUGAAAACAAUCAUCCAGGCCAAAAGUAUUGAAAAAAGUUAAAUCAGGACAGCUGGACCAAAGUAUGACUUAUUUAACCUUUUUAAAUGUAGGCUAAACAGAUCAACAGGGUUCAGGUGAAAUAGAAUCUACAGUUCUCUACUUGCUGCUCUGAAGAAUCCUAUUGACUUCAAUGGAUCAGUACUCAUGCAUAGGAGUUUAAGUAACAUUUGAUUAGCAGAUCAGCAACAAUAUAAUUAUUUCUAUUUACUAAAUUUUAUUAAGUUUCAUUACAAAAUCAAAAUAUAGAAGGAACAAAAAUAAGAAAAAAGAAAAGUACAAAGAAAUGACUUUUGUCUUUUUUCAGUGCAAUACUGUAGGUUGCAAAAAUAAGAAAAAUCUCAAUGGUUUCAGUGCCCUCUUCAGGUUGCUUGUGUUGUAUAAUGUUACCCUAGCUCUAGUACUGCUUUGUACUUUUGAUAUCUCAUUAUUGCAACAACUUACUGUAUGUAACAAAAUUUAAACUUCAUUACUGUAUUCAGAUUGGUAAUGAAAAUCCACACAAGACAAAACAUUAAACAGAAUUCAAAGACAAAGUCACAGAUUGACAUUACAUCUGAGAGAUGUUAGAAACAUAAUAUGAACAUUCCAGAUCAAUCUUCUUUGUAAUUUGAAUUCAGUUAUUCUAAUGAGCAUCCCAGUAAGAUCUACAACUUACUUCCACCAAAGAUAUUAUCUGAAAUUAAACAAUUUCUUACAUGAAAAAUGUGUUUAUUCCAGUGAAAAAUAAAACCUGUACAUGUCAUUUAAGGUUACAUUUGGAGUACAAAAAUAAAAUACAGUUAUGUUGAAAAAGUGGAGAAUUUGCUUUGCAAUCCCGAACAGUCUGCCAGUUAGAGUGUACUGUGUAUCAGUGGUUCUCAACCUGUGGUCCACGGAUCCUCGGGGGGGGGGGAGUCUGCAGAGUCUUGAAAAAUAUUAUGAUUUAAAUCUUAAGUCUUGGGGGUCCAUGGCCACAAAAGGGGGCUUGUAGUGAAGAAAAGGUUGAGAACCACUGGUGAAUAUAGUUUAUCAUUAGCAUAGUAAAAACACAGCCAGAGGUAGUCAAUCUAUAUGACAAUAAAGUAGAAUUAAUGGUAUAAUGAGAUGGUUUGUAUGCUUUAUAUGCACGUGUAACUGUCAUGUAACUUUGUAACCAGUCAGCAAUUCUUUGUUUCCUGUAGUAAAUUGUAUAAAAAUAGCUGUGCCUGAUUUCUGCAUGCUCCUAGGGUGUGAAACCCACAGGCAUCCCCCUCUUCUGCUUCUGUAGAGAAAUAAAGCUUUGUCUUUCCUCAA